GCGGUUUCUCCCGCCCACGCCGGGAGCGGCUCUCCCGAUUGGCGGAAAGUUUCAUCCUUGCGCUUUGAGACCACUUGACGUCUCCUCGUUGUGUUACCAAGGGAAGGGGACCGACCUGCCCAGACGCACCUCCACGGCCCUGUCGCGAAAGAAAGGAACAUGGCUGAGGUUCACGAUGAUGGUGACAAGCCGAUCGCUGGCGACACUGUGGACGCCCUGAAACAGUUUACAAAGAGGUCGAAAGCAGAGACUACAGGCAGCAGUGGGUCAACUGAGGAAGUGGACUCCACCCCCAGCAGCAGAGACAGCAGUGCAGCAGGCUCGGACCCCCACCGCUACAGGAUGGACUAUCCCAGCAUGGGAACCUGUGUGAUUAUCAACAACAAGAACUUCCACAGUAGCACAAAUAUGAGCGCUCGUAAUGGGACGGAUGUUGAUGCUGCCAUCGCUAUGAAGACCUUCUCUGAUCUGGGUUAUAAGCUCAAAGUGGCCAAUGACCAGACCGUGAAGAAGAUGAAACAACUGCUGUCAAAUGUGUCGGAGGAGGACCACAGCGGUAGCGCGUCGUUUGCGUGUGUCUUGCUGAGUCACGGAGACAACGGGGUGAUUUAUGGCACGGACGGCUGUGAGAUGAUUGAAAACCUGACGAAAUACUUCAAAGGAGACCGGUGCAAAAGUCUGGUGGGGAAACCGAAGCUCUUCUUCAUACAGGCGUGCCGUGGUACAGCCCUGGACGACGGAGCUAUAUACGAGACAGACAGCGUGGACGAGCAGACGUCAGAGAGGAUUCCUGUGGAGGCUGAUUUCCUGUAUGCUUACUCGACUGCUCCAGGAUACUACUCGUGGAGAAACACGGGCAACGGCUCCUGGUUCAUGCAGGCCAUGUGUGAAAUGUUGCAGCAAUACAGGGGGGAGCUGGAGUUGAUGCAGAUCAUGACCCGGGUCAACCGCAAGGUGGCGCUACACUUUGAGUCUGCCUCCAACCUACCUGGAUACAGCGGCAAGAAGCAGAUACCCUGCAUUGUCUCAAUGUUGACCAAAGACUUCUACUUUCCCUAGAAAUGGAAAAGACUUUUACUCUUUUCACGGCGUUGGAAACGGAGUCAAAAGUGACACAUUUCAACGAUCAUUAAUUUGACUUUCAAAGAUAUUUGCACAAAGUUCUGUGGUGCACUGUGUUGGCUGUGCAAACAAGACAGCAUCCGUUUUAGAUAGUUUUUUAAUGUCACUACAAGCAGAAUCCAAGGAUAAAAUGGAACACACUAUCAGUUUUUUUUAACGUUGGCUUACGUUUUAACUUUUUUUUCUACUUUGAUCAUCGUGUUUGACAGAAAAAGAUACUGCAUUUUAAAUGCAGUAUUUUUAAUUGGUAAAAAAUUUCGUUGACCACAUACAACUUAACUUGACAGCUCUUGACCAAUCUUUUAAUGCAGCAAAUACAUAAUGUAAACCAGUGUGACGGUAUGACAAUUAAUCUUUUAUUUUCUUUUACCUUUUGAGGGGGAUUUGAUCCAUGUCCCAUUAAAAUCUAGUAAAUGUUAAAGUAGGGGAGUGAACCAGGGAUAGUGAAUAUAACUUCUGCCAUUGUCUCUGUGCUGUGCUAACAAAUAAUCACUAUUUUUUUUAGAAUUAUUGUGAACUGCGAUCCCGGUGGGCUGCAGCAUUAUCAAAGUGAAUUUUUUUAUUGUUGCUUUAUGUUGCAGGGCUACUGACAAAUCAGAGGCCUGGAAUUCAAACAGUGUUUUACAUUUCCUGUAAUUGAUACAUCUCAUCUGUCUAAUUAGUUACUUUGGGUUUUUUUGUUUUUUAAGAAAUAGCAAUUAAAAUUUGGUAAAACUCA